AUGGGCUUCGGUCUAGCCAUGCGUGAUCAAGAAGGAAUAUUCUUAGCUGCAAAAUGCAUCAGAAAAAGGGGCUUAUGGGAUCCAGUUGUGGCUGAGGCUUUGGCAUUCUACCACGGGACUGUAUUUGGGAGAGAGAAAGGAGUGCAGCAUAUUAUUAUCGAAGGUGAUGCAAAUCAAAUUACUGAUGCUAUCCACGAGAAGGGGCUGAACAAUAGUAAGGUGGGACACCUGAUUGAUGAUGUCAAGCUAAAUUUAAAUAAAUUUUCUAGGUGGCAAGUUAAGAAUGUACAUCGUGAGGGGAAUAGGGUGGCUCAUGGAUUAGCACGACUAGCCCUUCAACAGGUCAAUGAUACUGAAUGGAGUGAAGAGUGUCCAUCUUGUAUCAGAGAUAUUAUAUUAACAGAGCAGUUGCUUUGUCAAUGA